AAAGUCAACACCAUUCAAGUCAAUUAUUAUCGUCUAGUAUAUAUUGAACGUUGAAUAUAUUAUAUUCAGUAGAGAACGAAAAAAUCAUCAUGAAGCAAUUUUUAAUCACGUUUUUUUGUAUUUUUGUUGUUUUUCAAUUAACUGAUGCGUAUGCACAAUUCGAAAUCAGAGAUGGAAAUUGUUUAAAUGCAGUGGGAGCAGAUUUGGUUUUUCAAAAACACGUUCACAAAAGUAGAUUAUUCAUAGCAGCGAGAUCGGCUACUGCCGAAUAUUUUGGAGACAAAAAAAUCUACUGCAUUCAAGUAUUGAGUCAAAAGGAAGCUGAAAAAGGAUCGACAGUUGAAAUCAAAGAUGGCGGCAUUAAUCACAAUUUCGUCAAAUUUGAAUUUCAUUCGACAAAAAAUCAUGGUUUAGAAUAUAAUAUAAAUGUAUACGCGAAAUAUUUUUAAUAAAAAAUUGAUGUUUUAA